CGGCGGAAAUAGUGUAUGAGUGAUCGAUAGUAAUGCUGCUGGCCUUCCUGGGUAAUCUAUAUUAAAGUUUUUCUUGCCUUUAAUUGUGAUUAAUUUAAUUUAAUUGAUUGGACUAAUUUUAGGUUUGUGAAUUGUUUAAUUGGUUUUGACUAGACAAAGUCUAAAAAUGCAUCCAACACACGCUAAAAUCAUUAAGAGACCAGGAGAAAAAGUAGAUGAAUUUGAGUCUACUAUAUCUCAGGCUCUCCUUGAGAUUGAGAUGAAUGGUGAUCUGAAGGCUCAAUUACGAGAGCUUCAUAUUGUUGGUGCUAAAGAAGUAGAUGCUGAGGGUAGAAAAGCCAUCAUAGUUUGGAUACCUCCACCUCAACUUAGAGCUUGGCAAAAACUCCAUGUUCCAAUAGUUCGUGAAUUGGAAAAAAAAUUCAGCGGUAAACCAGUUGUCUUCGUUGCUAAAAGAACAAUUUUACCUAAGCCAACUAGGAAAGUACGAUCAAAAUCUAAGCAAAAGAGACCUAGAAGCCGAACUCUUACCGCAGUACACGAUGCAAUUCUUGCAGAUGUUGUUUAUCCUGCUGAAAUAGUUGGAAAAAGAACUCGUAUUUGUCUUGAUGGAAGACGUUUAUUCAAAAUUCAUUUAGACAAGACAUUUCAAACCAAUAUAGAGCACAAAACUGAUACAUUUUCUGCUAUAUACAAAAAACUUACUGGUAAAGAGGUGGAAUUCGAAUUUCCUGAGCCACUUUUUUGAGCAAAGAUUAAAAUAAAAUUAAUAAUAUUUAA